AUGGUAAUAGUAUCAAUUUUAAGGGUUGAUAUUGGAUCAUCAUCAUCAUCAUCAUCAUCAUCAUCAUCAUCAUCAUCAUCAUCAUCAUCAUCAUCAUCAUCAUCAUCAUCAUCCGAAGCAUCAUCAUCAUCAUCAUCCGAAGCAUCAUCAUCAUCAUCACCAUCCGAAGCAUCAUCAUCAUCAUCAUCCGAAGCAUCAUCAUCAUCAUCAUCAUCGUCAUCAUCCGAAGCAUCAUCAUCAUCAUCGUCAUCAUCCGAAGCAUCAUCAUCAUCAUCAUCAUCCAAAGCAUCAUCAUCAUCAUCAUCAUCCGAAGCAUCAUCAUCAUCAUCAUCCGAAGCAUCAUCAUCAUCUUCAUCAUCAUCCGAAGCAUCAUCAUCAUCAUCCGAAGCAUCAUCAUCAUUAUCAUCAAUUUAG